AUGUCCAAGUUAUUCCCACUCUCGUCAAGGAGUCGACUUAGUGCGUCGUCCGCCUACCCCAGCAUGAGCCGCCAUUAUACCGCCACCCGCACCUCGAGCGGGGGAGCCGUCCGCGAGCGCUCCUCUCCGCCAUUGCGCCCUUCCGCCUCCCCCCCUUCCGCGCACGCGCUAGACUUCAAGCUCCCCCCCGCAGCAGGGGAAAAUGGCGCAGUGUGGGAUGGCGGAAGCAGUGGCGGAGGGGCAAGAAGCGCGCCGAGCAGAAGAGGGGUUCUGUCCGGCAUGGGCGAGCCUCCCCCUCCGCCCGUAGGCUCUUUCUCCUCCCCCUCCCCCGCCCGCCAUCCCCGCUCCACUAACCUGCACCCCCCGAAAGGCGCCAACUCCGCAAGUCAGCGCAUGCCCCGUUCCGCCUCCGACGCCCAAUCCCCCACCCGCCGCGCUUCCGCCGCGGGUGGCGGCGCUAGGAAAGGGGCGGAGUCCCCUAGAUCUUCCUUGGGAAGAGAGGAGGAGUUCGCGGUUCUUAUGGCUGUAGACUCUCCCUCCGGUGCUUCUGACUCGACUCUCCCGUUAUCUGCUGCGCGGACGCAUAGUGCGGGAGUAAUGGCGGCAGGAGGGAGAGCGCCCGGGGCUUAUUUGCGUAGUAGCUCGUUCGCGCUAAUUGCGGGAGGCGCGGAGAGAGUUGCAGCGGAGAGAAUAGCGGAGAGAAGAGCAGCAGCAGCAGCAGCAGCAGCAGCCGCAGCCGCAGCCGCAGCAGAAUCAAGCUAUGGCGGUGGUGGUGGUGGUGUUGCUGGUAAGGGUGGUGGGGCAGGGGGUAUACAUGCUACGUUGUCGCGCUCUAAUGAAGAGAGCGAAGGGGGUGGGAGCGAUUUCGGAGGCGGAGGGAGGAGAGGAAACCAACAACAACAGCAGCAACAGCAGCAGCAGCAGCAGCUGGGGCUGGCGAGUAUAGGCAGAAGCAGCAGCGCCGGGAGGAGCAAUUACCUCCCUAUACGGUCCCGUGGAGGGGAAGACAGAGGAGGGGAGGGAGGAGGGGAGGGAGGAGGGGGAUCAGACGACCAGUUACAUCGUCCAUCCAGGACCUUCCGCCCCCACUCCCUCCUAUCCCACUCUGAUCUCUCAGACGCGUCUCUAGCUCACUCCGACUCCAAUCUCUCCCGCUCCGCCCCGCGCACAGGCUCAGGUUCCGUCCCCGUUAUAAGGUCCGGUAGCUUCUCCCGCCGGCCGCCGUCCGGUGCGUCUACCUCUUCCGCAGGCUCGUAUGGGUCGUUUGGGUCGGCCGGAGAGGGAUUGGGGGAGGAGAGGAGGCAAGGGAGGAGGUCGUUUGAGGAGAGAGGGGGGAGAGGAGGAGUGGGCGGGGUGGGGGGAAUGGUAAGGGGAGGACCGGCGGAGGAGGAAGUGAGGGUGGUGGCGGGAGCAGCAGCGGCGGAGGGGCGGAGUAGCGAAAGCAGGGGCGCGUUUAGAAGAGGAGAGCCGUUGGAUCAAGCUUUUGGCGGUCGAUCUGUUUCAGAUGGAGAUCAACGGACAGGGUUAGAGAGAGGGCAAGGGAGCCGGUUGAGUAGAGGAGGGAGUGCGGCUGGAGAGAGGGAAGGUAGUGGGUUAUCAUAUGCUCAGUCUCCUGCCGCUGCUGGUGCUUCGACCGAUCUUCAUUAUAAUGAUGCUGCUGCUGCUGCUGGUCAUGUGAUCAGACGAACAGGGUCCGGGGCAAGAAGCGUGCUCACUGCUGCAGCAGCAGCUGCUGCUGCUGCUGCUGCUGCUGUUCCUGAGACAGUGAGCUAUAGUCUGGCGCAGGGAGGGUUAGGAGGGAGAGAGCGGCUAGGGUCAAGAGGGAAGGAGAUGCUAGGCUCAGGGCGGAUCAAACGGUUGGGUUCAGGGGAAAAGGAUAUGCUAGGGUCAGGGCGGGUUAGGAUUGGUUCUGACGAUGUUUUGGUGAUUGAGGAAGGCGAGGGUAAGAGUGAGAGGCGAGAGCGGCGGGAGAGGGAGAAGAGGGAUGGGGGAGAGGAGAGAGGGACGGGAGAAAGGCGAGAGAAGAAGGAUGUACGUGGUGGGGAAGAGGGAGAGAGGGUAGAGAGGAGAGAGAAAGGGAGGGGAGAUGGGGUUGGACGGAAGGGGGAUGGGGAAGGGGAAGGGGGAAAGGCAGAGAGGGAUGGUGGCGAGGAGAGGAGGGUGCAUAGGACGCUUACAAGAUAUGAGGGGCAUGAGAGGAAUCUGGCGUCAUGUGGGCGAACGUUCACUAAGUAUGGAGGAGGGAAAGAGGAGAGAGAGGGGAUGGGUGCAGCGGAUGGGGUAGAUAGAAGGGCAAGAAGGACUCUUACGACGUAUGGGGGAGGUUUGGUGAAGAGUGGGAGCGAGAAGGAGAGAGCGAGGAGUGGGAGUGAGAAAGAGAGAAGUAAAGAUGGAGGUAGUGGGAGAGAGAGGAAGAGUGGGAAGGAGGGAAGAAGUGAGACGGAGGGAGGGAGUGGGAAGGAGCGAGGGAGCAGGAAGGAAAGGAGUGGCUCCUUAGGAAGACGCAGCAGUGGAAAGGAUGAGAUGGUGGUGGGAGAAGGAACGGAGAUCGGAGAGACGAGUUUUGAUGCGUCUCAAAGAUUGUCUUUAGGGAGACGCAGCAGUGGGAAGGAUGGGAUGAUGGUGGUAGAGGGAGUGGAGAUUGGAGAAGGAGAGAGGGAGAGAUCGAAGGAGAGGGAGAAGGAAAGAGAGAAGGAGAGAGAGGGGGGGAGGGAGAGCAAGGAGAGGGAGCGGGAGCGGGAGCGGGAGAGGAGAAAGGAGAGAGAAGGGAGAGGUGAGCGGUCAGGAGAAAAGAGAGUGAGCCGGCAAUCAAGCACAACUAGUGGGGCUGAGGUUAGCGAUGGAGUGCUUAGAGAUAAGGAGAAGAGUGGAGAGAGGGAGAAGAGGGAGAGGGACAAGGAGAGGGAAAAGGAGAAGGAGAGGGAGAAACGGAAAGAGAAGGACAGGGAGAGACGAAAAGAGAGGGAGAGGGAGAAGGAGAAGGAGAGGGAACGGGAUAAAGGACUACCAAGAGAGGGAUCGAGGGGAUCCAGAGAAGGAAAGAGGGAGGGGAAAGGGGAGGGGGAAGGGGAAGGGUCGAAGCGUAGAAGUAUGGAGAAGCACAAGAGUGCGGAUCCUGAGAGAGAGGAGGGGAAGCGAGAGAGGAAUGGGCUGGGUCGAGUGGAUGAGGGGUGUGAAGCAGGGCUGGAUCACACGUGGCCUAGGAAAGGGAGGAGUGUGGAGGGAGGGAGAGGGGCUGACGAGGGUGGUAAUAUGGCGGAUGGAGGGGGAUGGGGCUUGGGUAUUGCAGAAGAGAUGGCUGCAGCUGUAUUGCUGGUUGACCGGGGAGAAGGGGAGGAAUUAGCGAGGGUGGAGGGGAGGGAGGGAGACGAAAAGGGGAGUGAAGUGGAAGGUAGGGUGGAGAGAGAGGGACAUAAGAGGCGAGAGGGGAGUAAGGAGAAGGAUAGAGACAAUGAGGAGAAGGAAAAGGAGAAGGAGAAAGAGAAAGAGAAAGAGAAGGAAGGUAGAGACAAGGACCGGCACAGGCACAGGCACAAGCACAGGCACAGGGAAAAGGGUAAGGAUGGAGAGAGAGAAGAGGAGAAGGGCAAAGGGAAGGAUCAUGGGAAGGAUGGAGAGGAGGAGCAUACGAAGAGGCAUGGGGAUCGAGAAAGGGAGAGAGGGAAAGACAGGGAGAAGGCAAAGGAGAAGGAGAGGGAGAAGGAGAAGGAGAGUGAGAGGGAUGGGGACGGGGAGAAGGAGGAGAAGCAACGGAGUAAGGAGAAGGAGAGAGAGCGGAGGAAGGAAGGUGAGAGGAGCAGGCACAGGGACAAGGAGAAGGGAAGGGAGAGGGAGGAGAGGCACCGUAGCCAUAGAGACAAAGAGAGGGGGAGUGAGAGAGGGAGUCAUAGGGGGAGUGGGAGAGGAGAUGAGGGUCUGGUAGGUGGAGGAUCAGGUGAGAUUUCAGGUGAAUUUUCAGGUGUGCAGAUUGAGAGAGAGGAAAGUAUUGCGAACAGUGCUGCUGGGCCGGCAACUCCUGGUAAGGAUAAGCAGGAGCGCGAGGAAAGGAAGGAGAAAGAGGGGUCUAGGCAUUCACAUGGACAUAGGGAGCGGGAGAAAGAGCGGGAGAAAGGAGACAGGUCGAGCCGGCAUAGGCAUAGAGAUAAGGACAAGGAUAAGGAUAGGGAUAAGGAGAAGGAUAGGAAACGAGAGAAGGAUGGAGGCAGGGAGAACGAAAGGGGGCGGGAGGAGAGGGAAAAGGAGAAGGGUCGGAGCAGUGGGGAAGAAAGACUGAGGGAUACGAUUGAGGAACUUGGGGAUGGUGGUGAUGGGGACAGAAGCAUGGAAGAAAAGGACGCAGAUAAGCAGUUGAAGGAACGAGAGAGAGGAGGCGAAAGAGACAAGGAGAAGGAGAGGAGGAGGGAGAGAAUGAGGGAGAAGGAGAAGGAGAAGGAGGAGGGGAAGGAGAAGGAAGGGAGGGGUGUUCUGGAGAGAGAUCAGAGCACUAGCAGCUCGAGAGGCAGACACAGGGACAAGGGCAAGGAGAAUGAGAAGAGCAAGGAGCGGGAGAAAGACAAGGAGAGGAAGAAGGAGAAGGAAAGGGAGAGGGGCGGAGAGAAGGAGAAGGAGAAGGAGAAGGAGAAGGAGAAGGAGAAGGAGAAGGAGAAGGAGAAGGAGAAGGAGAAGGAGAAGGAGAAGAACAAGGAAAAGGGGUCGAAGGUGAGGGAGAGGCAGGGCAGUGGGAGGAGCAUUGACAGUGGUAUCAGCAGAAGUGAGUCUGGGGAGCAUUCGAAGGUAUCUCGCUCUUCCAGCCGCAGCAAGAGUGGUGGUAGGGAGAGGGAGUCAAGGCAGAGCAGUCUGGGCAGGGAGGAGAAGAGGGCUGUGAAGGAAGGGUUGGAAUUGCAGGAGCAGGGGCAGCAGGAGUGGGAGCAGCAGCAGCAGCAGCAGCAGCAGCAGCAGCAGCAGCAGCAGCAGCAGCAGCAGCAGCAGGAGCAGGAACAGCAGCAGCGGGAGCAGCAGCAGCAGGAGCAGGAGCAGCAGGAGCGGGAGCAGGAGCAGCAGCAGCAGGAGGAGGAGGAGGAGCAGCAGCAGCAGCAGCAGUUGGGCCAGCAGCGCAGGGAGAGGAGGCGCGAGCGCAGCCGCUCCUGGAUAGACGAGCUCCUGCCUGAUUCCGUCACGUUUGAGGAAACUGGCUUGGCCGGGCCAGGCGGGAUAGGUUCGGAGGGAGGUGUGGGACAGGGAGGGGGAGGGGCAGGUGGGGUGGACCCGUGUGGCUUGGACUUGCUUGCAGCUGCUGCUGCUGCCGGGACGGAGUUUGCGUUUCUGGUGGAGGGAAGCGGUGCGGGUGGUGGCUGUGUAGGGAGCGGUGGUGGGAGCGAUGGGACUGGGGUGAGAGAGGGUGGUGAUGGGGAAGCAGGGGCAAAUGCAGCGAGAGGAUUAGGAGCAGGGGCAGCCGCGGAAUCAAAAUUGGAGGUGCUAGAUGUGAGGCAGCUCUCAAGGAAAAUAUCUGGGGGGCUUGGUGGGCUGCUGGCACGGGGGGCAUCAGGGGAAGCGAGUGGCAGGAGCCGGCAUGUGCGGCAAGGCAGCAACGGGCCGCUCUCACCACCCUCAUUUGCUCGUUCUGAUGCCACUGCUGGCCCCUCUGCUGUUUCUGCCGCCUCUGCUGCUUCUGCCUCUGCCGCUGCCUCUGCUGCUCUCUAUGCUGCGCCCUCUGCUGCUGUGUCUGCUGCGUCCCUGCCUCCUUCCCACCCUGGUUUGAUCUCCUCCGCGCAGUUGCUCCCUCCUCCCCUGCCACGUCCCUCAUCCUCAGCUAGUCACCGGCGCCUGGGGUCGAUCGGAGAGAGGGAUGGAGAGGGAGAGGACGGAGGUGAGGGAGGGGAGGAAGAGAACGGGGAGGGAAGGCUGGGAAGGGCACGAGAGGGUAUGGAUAGUAGCAUCGGGCUUCCCCGCAGCAGCAGUCGUGGCGGCAGCGGCGGUGGCAGCAGCGGUGGUUUGGGUGUGCGUAGAAAUGCUGUUGCUGUUUCGGGGGCUGAUGUUGGCGGUGCGACGGGGUUGUUGGGUCCGCGCUGGUUUGGCGUUGGCAGCAGUAGCAGCAGCAGCAGCAGUGGCGGCAGCAGCAGCAGCAGCACCGUUAACGGCAUCAGCAGCAACAGUGGCAGCAGCGGCAGCGGCAGCAACAGCGGCAGUGGCAGCGGCAGUGGCACUGGCAGCGGUGCUGCUGCCGCUGUGUCACCCAAUACCCAACCAUCACAGCAAACCAUCGCACAAAUUUCUCAUCUUGCAACCCUCUCACACCCAAUGAAAGGAAGCAAGAAUCAAUAUUUGCCCACUACAGUCAUUACUCCCAGCUCUACCCCAGCUGAUUCUUCCACCCCUCCUGCUACUGCUGCCGUUCCUCUCACUACCACUCUCAGCCCCACUGCACCAGACCGCACCCUCCUCCAUUCAUCCCCCCCACCUAUCCGUGCCUCCUCGCCCUUCUUCCCGUCCUCUCGCUCCCUAUCCUCCCGGGCAGUUCAUCCCCAUCCCCAUCCUCAUCCCCAUCCCAACCCGCAUCCGCAUCCCUAUCCCCGGUCCGAUAACUCCCACCCACAUCCUCCUGUUUCUCACAUGCGGGCGUCGUCUGUAGGGUAUGCACCUGACUCGGGGUAUGCUCCCGAGCUGUCUCCUUGGGCUGGUGAGUAUGGGCGGAGGAGUCAAAGGGAGCAGAGUGGUGGGGAGAUUCGUGGGGGGCGGUAUGCAGGCAGAGAGAGGUUUGCGAGUGAGAGAUUUGCAGAGGAGGGAUUUGUGGAGGAGGGAUUUGCAGAGGAGAUUGGAGAGCGAGGGUUUGUGAGGGAGAGGGGGUAUAAGGAAGCAGGUGGGUUGAGACGGAGGGAUGGGGAGAGACUCAGGGCGAGAGGGGGAAUGGGGGCAUGGGAAGGGCGUGGAAAUGGGUGGGAUGGGAGCGGAGAUGAGUGGGCUGAUGAGAGAGAGAUUGGGGGAGGUGUGGUGAGAGGAGGCGUGAGAAGAGGUAGGAUGGACGAGCGCGGGAGGAGGAAUUUGGGUGUGAGGGGGUUCGGGGGGAGGGGGCGGAUAGGGGGGAGCGAGAGAUGGGAGGGCGAGGGAGAGGGGAGAGUGGGAGUGGGGAAGAGGGGAGGAGGGAGGAGGGAUGGAGACAAGGGGGCGUGGGGUGGUGAUGAUGAUGAGUCGGGAUUUGAGCUGGAGAGACGCGAUGGGCUUAGAGGCAUGUCAUUGAACCGAUAUGCAGUAGCAGAGGCUGAAUGGGCGCAUAGGGUAAGUGGCGAUGAGGGAGAGAUGGAGGAGGAGGCGGAGGAGGUGGAGGAGGGGGAGGAGGGGGAGGAGUUUGUGGGUAUGGAUGGGUACGGGGCAGGAGAGGGGGAGGUGAUGGGGAGAUAUGGAACAGAGAGCGAGGUUUUCACAGUGUGUCGUGGUGAUGAUGAUGCUGAUGAUGAGGGUGAUGUGAGUGGGGAGAUCAGUGGUGAUGUUAGUGGUGAUGUUGAUGGCGAGGCGGGGGUGUUAGAGGAGCGAGGGGAGGAGGGAACAGUGGAGGGAAGGAGGGGAGUGAGGUUCAGGGAAGGAGAGGGGGAAUAUGGAACAGAAGAUUUUGGAUCGGAAGAGUAUGGAGAGGCGAGUGAGUUUGGGUCAUCACUGGAUGAAGAACUAGAGGAGGAGAUAGAAGAGGAGUUGGAGGAGUUGAGGAGACGCAGGGCUGAAGCGCAAAGGAUACUCGAAGAGGGUGAAGAGGGUGGGGUGAUUGGGCGAGGGGCGGAGGUGGAGGGGGAGGGGGAGGAGAGAGGGGCGGGUGUGAGGGGAGGGGUAGGGGAGGAGGGCAGAGAGGUGGGCAGAAGGGAACGUGGGGAGGGGGAGGAGGAUGAGGAGGAGGGGGAUGAGGAAGAGGAGGAGGAGGAGGAUGAGGAGGAAGAGAGCGAUUCUCUUCCAGACGAAAUGAUGUUUGUCCGGUCCCUUUCCACGCUCCGCCGCCCGGAAAUCGGGCAGACAUGCAGCUCUGUACGAGCCAGCAGGUAUGCAUAUAGGGAGUUUGGUGUGAUUGCCAAGGCUCGGGCAGAAGCGCAGGAGGGGAGGAGCCAUUGGUCGUGGCUGUUUGCUAACGCUGUGCCGGUGGCUAGAAUGGCUCACAGGAAAUCCGCCCGAGACUGGUCGGUUGCUGCUGCUUUACGGGAGUUUGAAGGGGUGAAACGGAAGUUCCACAGCACGGCUUCUGAGGCGGAAAAGCUAGCCAGGGGGCAGGCGGAGAGGGUGCUUCCUACGGGCCUGGCUGUGUGGCUGAGGUACUGGCAGCAGUGGGGGGAGGAUCGACCCGAUUGGGCUGCGGAGAUUGAAGGGAUGAGAGUGGAGGAGGAGAGGUUGGGGAUAGAGGAGGCGGUGGAGGAGGGGGAUGAGGAGGAAGAGGAGGACGAGGAGGAGGAUAUGGAGGAGGGAGAGGGAGAGGGGGAGGGAGAGUUUGGCCCCGGUGGUGCUUCUGCUUCUAGCUUCGCGGACCUGUCCCCUACGGCUGCUGCCGUGGCUGCUGCAGCAGCAGCUGCGCACGCAGCAGCAGCGGCAGGGUCGCCUGGAGGAGGCAUGGUAGGGGGAGCAAGGGGGGGAGGAGGAGGGCCGGGUGGAGGAAGAGGGUUCGUAUCCCCUUCAGCUUCAGCAGCAGCAGCAGCAUCUCUCCCGUCUCCCAAGUAUCCGGGAUCGAGGGCAGUGCUUACAGGGUGUUUUGACAGAGCAGGGCCUUUGGCGAUUCGGGGCGCUGCUGUUGCGACGAAAGCUGCUGCUGCGGCGGCGGCGGCGGCAGCAGCGGGAGGGGCAGGGGCAAGUGGUGGGGGGCAAGGAGGAGGGCUUGGAAAAGAAGGGAUGAAGGGGAAGAAGGAGAAGAAGAAGAAGAAGAAGAAGAGGAGGAAGAAGGAGAGGAUGGGAAAGGGAGAGAUGGUUGGGAAGGAUGGACGGGGGGUAGGGUCUGGUGGUGCUGCUGGUGGUGCAAUGGUUGGUAUUUUUCAUCUGGGUGGGGAUGCCGAUGCUGCUGCUGGUGGUGAUGCAAGUGGAACUAUCAGCAGCAACCACGUCAACAAUGGCGGCAAGGAGGAGGAGGAGGAGUCGGAUAACUCGGCUGGUCCUGAAGACUCGGACAGUGAGGAUUGCGAGAACGAGGAGGAGGAGGAUGAGGAAGAGGAUGAGGAGGAAAAGGAGGAGGAGGAGGACAGCACUGACAGCCUUCCGCCCGUCUGGUCGCCCCCUCCGCUCUCCACUCUCGCCGAAACCACUCUCGCGGAGGGCAUUGCACGCGCCAAGCACAGCAACCUAGCGGAGCGCUGCCAAGAAAUCGAUCGCCUGUACUACUCCUUCGACCUCGGGCCAGGCCUCCUCGCCUCAAACCUCUCAGCAGAAGCACGGGAGCUGAGGCACUUGCACCCGGAGGAUAUACUCGCUUUGGCGGCGCAUCUAACACGAAUGAGUUUGCACGAGCCAGCGUUUCACCUGGGGUUGCGGGCGGUCUCGUCGGGGAGGCUGACGGUGGUGCAGUUUAAACAGGUGCUGCGGAUGGUGUUUGCGAGCGGGGGAACGGAGACGUUCAGCGCGAGAUUCGCGCGCCUGGCUACAACGGUGAAAGCCGCGGCUCUCGCUCCUCCCGCCGCGGCUGCCGCGGCGACGGUUACCGCGGUAACCGCGGCGGUUGCGACGGCGGCAGGGGUGGAUGUGGCGUUGCUGCCGCAGCCGCCGUCGCCCCCACCUGCUUCUGUCUACAUCGGUAUGUUUGCUGAUGCGUUGCUGAGAGGUAAGGCGGCAAGGCGCCACCACCCGUGGGCGUAUGAGGUGACUCUGAACUUCCUCCGGAUGAACUUACGAGCUGCUGCUGUGGGCGUGCGUGCGGGACCGGGGGGUAUGGGAGGCGCAGGAGGUGCAGCAGGGGCCGGAGGAGGAGCAGGAGGGGGGGAUGGAGGGGGAGGGAGAGCGGCUCUUGAGACAUUAGAACAGGAGCUGUUAGCUCAAGUGACGCUGAACAGGUGGCUGGGACGGGGGCUGUCGAACGCACUCUCAGGAGCAAUGGUGCCGAUAGAGCAAGGCGAGGAGAGGGCGAUAGAGGUGAUAGAGGAGAUGGUUGCACCGCAGGCGGCUCUGGGAUGGGGGGUGUGGCUGCGAGUGGGGCGGCUAGUGGAAGGGGAGAAGAAGAGGCUCCCGGGCAUAGACGAGAAUGGGGAGUCAUCUGAUUCACUCUCCCUCGCCGUCUUCGACUGGGGCGCCAGGGGUCUGUGCAAGCACCUGCCCCAGGACGACCCAGCAGCGGCGCUGCUGGAAGUGAUCUACCCGCUUGACGAGGAGAGAGUGUCGCUCGUGCUCUCGCUGUCGGCUCGCAUUGCUGCCACGCACGCGCACGGAGGGAAGUGGCCGGGCGUGGACUCGCCUGUGCUGGUGGCGCAGCUGCUGACUCUCGCUGAGCAAUGGCGCAUGGACAGCCGGCAGAUGUCGCGCGCUGUGAACGUGGCGUCGCUGCUGUGGGGGUGGGCGCUGCCCAAGCGACAGCAGCUGCUGCAGCAAUGCGGGUCUGCGGACGAGGCAAGGGAGGUCAUGGAGCGAAGUGCAUCCUCCAUAUGGCGCUCUGUUGCUGCCUCCAGUGCUGCUGCCACCGGUACGCGUUGCUCUCUCUCUGCUCCUCACCUCCUGUGGAUCCUGCCGGCAAUGAGGUUCCUUCUGAAGGCAUCUUUUCUCUUCCCGCUGGCAUCUUUUUUUUUGAAGCUAGACAUUGCGGGAGCGGGCAGUGGAGUUCUCUUCCUGCUGAAGCUGCUUCUAGGCCACCUCAAAAGAAGGAGCAAGCUGGCGAUGAGAUUCGGCUCCCUCUGA